AUGUCGCCUCCCUACGACAAUCGGGGCUCCUCCCGCUCGCGGCGAGGCGUCUGGAGCCAUUGGGUGCCUCUUGCGGUCACCCUGACCGUCGCCACGGCUGGUCUCGCCGCCUGGGUCUGGAGCCAGCGCAAGGAGAGUCCCGAAGACCACACCACUGAGCCGGAUCCCGGCCUGGACUAUGAGAAUGCAGACUAUGGAGAGAACCCGGCAUAUGGUGCUUCGACAGAGAGGCGCAGAUUGGCGCCGCCGCCGGAGCAGGGCCGCCAACGCGACCAGAGCUAUGCGACUGGAUCUGAGACUGCAGAAGGCGGAUGGGGAUCGCGAGUGAGCAGCGCGUUUACAUCAAACCCCGGAAAGACUGUUGCUGCUGGUGUCGCUGCUGCUGGCGCCGCCGUUGGCAAGGCGCUGGCCUCGAUCCGUGAGGAAGACAAGCCUGAGCACGAUUCGACCCCCUGGCCCGAAGAGAGAGAAGUACGAAGGGAAAAGGGGCCAGCUCCUCCUCAGUCUGUCCACAAGAAGCGCAAGACGGUUGCCAUUGUCAUUUCUGCCGAUUCCCAGUUCACAGACGACGACGACGACAUUGCCCAUGAACAUGCUUCGAUUCUUAACCACAUUCCUCGCCACAAUGACCUGUCUGCCAUCAAGCUCUUUAUCCUCAUCUACGCGCCAAGCUUGAAGGAUAGCACGGUUGAUACCACUACGAGUAAUCGCCCGCCUCCUUCGGUUAGCUCGUCAUUCUCUAACGUUGGAUAUGAUCAAGCUCAAACUCCCGAGGCGAAGAGCCCUGUCCUUGGCGCUACCCCGGAGAACACUCUGUUCAACGCCGUUUACUCAGAGGCAUUGGCUCUCGUUGAUAAGGAGACUAUGAUCCUUCCGUUCACCACGCCCAAUGGCCACACUCACGUCCUUCGCCACUUGCAGCCUGACGUUAUCUAUCUCCAGGAAUCCCUCUCUGGAGACAACGGCAGCUACAUCACUAACAUUCAGACAUGGCUUCGUCACGACAUCAUCUUGGUUGUCGGCGCCGAAGACGGAUCCGGUGGACUCGCCGACAGCGAAUCUGAAGCUGAAAAAGCUACUGACAAGCCCGAGAAAUGGUGGCAGCGACCCGAGCGCGUCGGCCGUGGGCGAGGCAUCGUCGUUGUCGAUAGCGUGCGCGUAAAUGAUGAUUGGACUCGUAGAGUUCAGGGCAAGGAGUAG